AUGACGAACAAUAUCUACUCGGAGAAGGAAAUCAGCCAAGAUUUGUACAAUCAAUUGAAAAUUAUGGAAACCGAAGAGGAUUCGAAGCUCCGUGAAUUUCAAAAUACGGAGAAUUCCGAUGAGGAAGAAGACGAAUUCGACCAAGAAGAAGAGGAAUUUUCGUUCGCCAGCGUAGGGGAAGACGCGGCCGCGAUCUCGGCGGAGCAUGCCUUCAGCGACGGCCAGAUCAAGGCGGUUUUCCCCUUGUUUGAUCAGAGCUUGCUACUCUCCGGCGACGGCAACUUGCCGGAAAAUCUUCCGAUGCGGCCGCCGCUGAAGAAGGUCUUCGUCGAGACAAGAUCCGACGCCGAUCACCAGAUCGCCGGUCCUUACUGCGAGUGGUCCAGCCGGAAGGCGGUGGAGGCGGCGCCGGAGAGCUGCAAUAAGAGCAAUUCCACCGGUUUUUCCAAAAUAUGGCGGCUCAAGGAGAUCACGUGCCGCUCGAAUAGCGACGGAAGAGACGCCUUUGUUUUCCUCAACGGAAAUCACACGCCGCCUCCGUCGACGGCGGCGCCGGCAGAGAAGGCGGCGCCACCGCCGGAGACGGCGAAGAAGAGCGGGAAGGAGAAGAAGAAGAAGGCGGUGGCGGUGUCGCCACACGAGGCGUAUUUGAGGAGUAAGGCGAAGGACGAGGAGCGGCAGCGGCGGUCGUAUUUGCCGUACCGGCCGGAGUUGAUGGGGUUUUUUACGAAUGUUAACGGCGGAUUAACGAGAAAUGUUCAUCCGUUUUGA